AUGAAUUCGGCAAAACCACUUCCUAUCAUUGCCCAGCCCUCUGAGGCAGGGCUGGCCGCAUAUGAAAUUAUCCUGGUACACGGUUUGGCAACCCAUUUCAAGAAAAGCUCGCAAGCGGCAGAGUGUCAACGCAUCUUGGAGACUUGGGUUAUCAAGGCAACGGAAUCAAUCCGUAACAAGGUUAAUGUUCGCACUUUUACUUUUGAUGGAGCGCAUGUUCUACAUCAUGGACGAUUCGCGCUGUCUCAGGCGACGAUUGAGUUAUCCCGAGCGAUCGGCCUCAUGAAGGAGGAGGCCUCGUCGCCGAUGUUCAUUUCGGAUCCCGACAACGGCAUCAACAAUCCACCUCGUGUCACCAUCUUCAUCGCCCACGGCAUCGCAGCAUGGGUUGUCAAGGAACUCCUGUUUCUUUGGCGCGACCCGUAUAAUCGAGUCGACCCUAAGGCGCUUAUUUUCCUCGACGUACCGGAGAUCCGACAGCCUUCAACACCCAUUGACUUGCUGUCGGAAUCGGUCCUCGCCAGCUACCUGAAGGAUUUCUCAAAGACGUUCCGAACGCCGCUUAAGCGAUCUAAGAUCGAUGACUUGACCGAAAAGAUGGGUGCCAUCGAUACCUGCUUUAAAGACCUAACAGGUAAACGCCCUAGUCCGUGUGAGGAUAUCGCGGAGGUCGCGGGGGUCGUGGGGACCACAGAGGGAGAGAAGGAAAACUCCGGGUAUGUCGUGAAGCUGUGGUGUAGUGGAAUUUGGAUGUAUCCUCAACUUUUUCGCAAGUUUGAAACAUCGAAGCUCAAGCAACUCAUACGAGGAAUACGCGCGUUCCUUCGCAUCGGGGGCAAGUCAGAGGAACAGAAGCUGCUAGAGAAAAUUGGCUGGGUUGGCCUGGAGAAGAAACUCAAGGAAGCAAUUGGAGCUAACGAGGAUGUUGAUGAUGAGGAUGAGGAUGAUGAUGAUGCUGAUAAUCUAUCGGAUCACCGCUGCAGCGCCCAACAAUCCCGUUUGAACAAGGGAAAAGAGAAGGUUACUACGCGACCUGGGAUGCUAAGGGCAAGGCGAUCGCCUUCCUCCACGUCAUCACCACCCUCGUUACCUCCCAUUUUAGAAAACACCCAGUACGAGCAUCUUACAGAGGCAGGCCCGUCCAAGGUUCAGGGCAGCAAGAAGACGGAUAUCGAAGACGAGGACGAGAAGAAGUUCUAUGAUCCCGACGAUGCGAUUGCCCAGCGUGACAAGGCAGCGGCUGCAGACGAUGAUUUAGGAAUGGCGAGCGCAAUAUGCCGACUUCAACUGGUCAAGUACCACCUACAACGAGAGCUCGGCCCGAAGCACCCCAAGACCUUAAUCAUACGACGUGAACUCCUGUUGACCAGCCUUGUCGACGGGACGUGGUGUGGCAAGCCUAUCACAAAGGGCCAGGAUGAAGAGGCACAGGAGAUGGAGAACGAGGCGCGUGAGAUAUUCAAGGGUCUUGAAGAGGUUUCUGGACCUCUACAUCGUGACACUCUGGAGGCGCUCCUCAUCUUACUGAGCGUACGAGUUACGUUGAUCGAGAACGAGAGCCUGCCCAAGCUGGCCGGCCAGACUACCAUGAAUCUACUACAGGAGAAGCUUGCUGACCCGACCGUAACAACACCCGAGACGCUACCGCAUACCCUGCGUCUCAAGUACAAGGCUGCAGCUACCUUCGCUCAGAUCGAUGUACGUGGCGAUUUAGAGCUGCAGGAAUUGUUGGCAGAGAUCGAUAUGCUUCUAGCUAAUGCGGAGAAGGAUUACCACGAGUUAGCCAAGCUGAGACAGGAUGUGCUAACGAAGAUGGAUGAGUUGCACGAUUGGCGAGAGAUGGAGCAUGAGAAAGAGGCGGAGAAGGCGAAGUAA